UUAUGAAAACUCAGUUAUUAUUUUGCUUGUCGGUUGUGUUCCAUUUAAGUUUCUCUUUGGAUUUUUAAGGAAGCCCUGGCUUUUUGUAGGACUACUGUUAUCUCUCUCCUUUAACUUUCAUAGGACACUUUGAAGGUUAUAGGAAGUAUUUAAAUUAGCUGCAGAAUUGUUUACAUACUUUGAUAUAGUUUUCAUUGUAUACCAUUGUAUAGCAAACUAUAUGUUUAGUUCAUUUUAUUUUUUAGCUGUAUUAUAGUAUCAAAAUGAGUAGAAGGUUUUCGCAGCCGCCAUAUUAUCCUACUGAAGGAAAUAAUCCUAAUCAGCCACAAUAUCAGCCUCGACAGAAUGUUCCACAGUUUGGUGAGCAUCAACAAAAUACACAUCAAAACUUUCAACAAGCUUCCCCAAGACUUGAAUUUAAUCUUCUACCAGGAAAACCAAACUUUCCACAAUCACCCAAUAUCGCACCUUCGAGAUUCUCACCAAUCCAGCAGGGUGCUUUCCCAAAUUCACCCAUGUUCCUGCCUAAUUUGAAUUUCCCGCCAGGAAUGAAUUUUCAACCGAAUAUCUCACCUAAUAUGUUGCCACCCAGUAAUAUACCAGUACCAGAUUUCACACGCCCUCCACCGAAUUUCUUUCCACGGUUUCCCCCAGUCCCAAACAAUAUCAGUCCACCUGUUUUUCUAAAUAACCCAGGAUUUCCACAGCAACCAUUUAAUAUGAAGCCUGUUACUCAAAACAUUGUUGCACCCGUAGAAAGGGAUGAAAGGGAAGAACAUAGAGAGUUAAUGAAAGGCCUUGUAAGCAAGUGGAUUCAAGACAAACGUAUUUUGUUUAAACCGAAGGAUAAGUCGUCUUCGCUGUUGAAGAUCGGUGAAUAUCAAAAAACAAUGCGAAGAUACGUGCAAACUAUUGAAAAAUUACGAGGUUUAAACGAUCAACUUGCUGAACAUAUGAAAGCAGAUGAUCAAAGAUGGAAAUCACUGAUGGAGAAUGUUGCUACGACCAGGAAUGAUGUGUUGAAAAUGCAGACGACAUUGUUCAACGAUGAACAAAUGAAGUACAUCUCCACACUUGUCAACCUGAGAAAGAAAAAAAGGGUUCGUAUCAAACGGAGAAAAGAGAAGAGUAAAGCUGACUACAUCGCUUCACUUAGUAAUCGUAUCAAAUUGAACGAACAGAUUGACGAGUGGCAACAUAAAGAACGCACUAAAAUCAUGAUGGAAAGAAUGGAGGAGACAUUAAAAAACGAAGCAGGAGAGUCUUUAGUUGAAGUAAAACGCAAACAAACCGAAGCAAACGAAUUUAUUGAUGUCGUAAAGAAUUUACAGAAACUCCGAGAUAUACGGAAAGAAACCGCCAUAUACAAAGGUAUUUUAGUCAUUGAAAAAGAUGACGAAGAGUUUAAUUCAAAAAUUGCUGAGGUCAUCAAACUGUUAUCCGAUCAAAAACAAACAUACGAAGCAGAGGAAAAAGCUUUGCGAGUUUUGCGUGAAGAAGAAGCGGAGCAGUUGAAACGAGUGGAAGAUGAGAAGCGAAAGAAACAAAAGCAAAAUCGUCAACAACAUUUAAAUCUUGUGGAUCCACUCGCAUCAUAUCGUAUGUACUGGUUGCAAGGAGAGGAUAGCAUCGCUGCUCUUAUACAUAUAAGAAGGCUAUGGGAUAUGUAUUUAUGCCAGCCUGGUGUAGGAGGUUCGCGGCUGCCAAAAGGUUGGGUGACACCAAGUUCAUCGUGUGAUCAAGAAUGGAAGAAAUAUCAAAUAAAGAAGGUGGGGGAAACGCCAAAGUCGUGAUAGCUAAUCAUGCAAUCAAGACGGUAACAGAAGCAAGAGGUGUGAAAUAUGAUGAAGUUUCUACGUCGUGUACGUCAGGGUUUAUAAAUGAUCUUAUGAAGUCGAUGUAUUGCAAGGAUUAGGCUGGCAAAAACCCUGCGCAAAUUUGAACACAAAUAAAUUAUUUUCUCACUGUAAAGUCUUUUAUAGAAAAAGAGAAAAAAGUCUUGCGUUACUUGCACUAUAAAUUA